AUGCCAGUCACUCGAUCGGCUGCAUGUGCUGCAGAACAAAGUGAGAACUCGAAUAUUGCCAAGCUUACUUCCAAGAAGACAAAAGUUACAAAGUCAGGCACAUCGACCACUCAAGGGACAUCUAGCAACAAAACGACAGCCAAGCGCAAGAAAUCCAGUUCAGAUUCUGAAUAUAAGGAAGGACCUCUGGAACGUAGCCUUCUUGAAUGGGUAUUCCUUAAAGACUUGCCCAUUUGGGCUAUCCCCAACAGCAAUGAAGUUUUCUUUCUCUUGCAAGAGGUACAAAAACUGAAAGGAUAUACAAAGUGGGAUGAUGAAAUAUACAGGAAAAGGUUUCUUUCCUGGGAGCUAUUCCCAGAAUUAGAGAAAGCCCUUACGUCUCGCUUUUGCAGCAAGGAAAACAUUCAGCCGACCAACGAAAACUACGCACCGAUUAUCACUGGCGAACAUCCAAUCAACCCCAAGCGAAGACUCUAUGAGAUCCUCAUAAUCUAUUUCCCAGUGGACCUAGAUGAAGACUCUAUCUGGGGUAUAGAACAUUCUCAAGAACUACCAUACUUUUACAGCACUGAUGAAGAGUGGGACGAUAAGCCGUUUCCCCUAAUCGGGUAUAGAGGAGGCCGCUCUAAAUGGAUGGACGGAGAAUGCAAGUACCACGGAGAGCCUGCUAGGCGUUUGGUUUAUUUCCUCGAAUUUAUUGACGAGAAGGCGGAACAAGACUAUAAAGAGAAGGUGAAGUGGUGGGGCACGCCUGUUAUUCGUGAUGUCAAGCCAAAUUCCGAUGUCAUGGUGAACUUCUUCCACGAGUUGGAAAAUCUCGGGAUGAUCGGGUAUGAUUCGUUGCAUGUUCGAUUCGUGGAAGUUUUGCACUAUGUAUGGGAGCACUAUGUACCGCCACCCCCCAAAAGCUACACUAUGGAAGAAAAGGAGGAACAAAGGAAGUGGUUUGAACAUUUAAGAGAACUAGAAGCAGACCCAGAUUUAGAUUUAAUAGGGGAAACCCAAUAUUAG